GUGUACCAUAGAUGACCGGGUCACCAGGGUGGCCUGGCUAAACCGCAGCACAAUCCUCUAUGCUGGGAAUGACAAGUGGUCCAUAGACCCUCGAGUGAUCAUCCUGGUCAACACACCAACCCAGUACAGCAUCAUGAUCCAAAAUGUGGAUGUGUAUGAUGAAGGCCCAUAUACCUGCUCUGUGCAAACAGACAAUCACCCCAAAACUUCCCGGGUCCACCUUAUAGUGCAAGUUCCUCCCCAGAUCAUGAACAUCUCCUCAGACAUUACUGUGAAUGAGGGAAGCAGUGUGACCCUGCUGUGUCUUGCGAUUGGCAGACCAGAGCCAACUGUGACAUGGAGACACCUGUCAGUCAAAG